AGGCAUCGCACGUGCUGACCAGCUCCUCGAAGACCGCGGCUCAUUCACCAGCGACGUGCGCGGUCUUGGAAGAGUGUAAGUCCAAGCGAGCGUUUCGAUAGAAGUGGGUUGGCUUUUUGUUGCGGGUACGGAAUUGUCGAGAGUUUCUCUCAGCCGUUGGAGCGGGUGAGCUGCAUCUUUCUUUGUCAGCGGGCGGCUGAAGUAAGCGGUCGGAGUGUCGGCGCGGUGUCUGCUGGAUGAGCUGUGCGGCUGCCAUGACGAAGGAGAACCCCUGGAACGUGUCCCCGAGCGCCCCGGCGUGUAUGGAGAAGCACCUGAACACGGUGCACUAUAGAGCAGAUGGCCUUCUGGUGUUGGGGGCUUCCAGCUUGACUGGCCGAUCAUGGUCAGGUUCCAUCUGGGUGUACCAGGACCCCAGGCAGUCUCCCAAUGAGGGUUGCUGUAGUGCAGGAGUGCAGAUAGAGGCUGGCGUCACCGAGGCCAGGUGGGUCAUGGAACGAGGCAUUCUCGUGGCUUCCGAUUCAGGUGCUGUGGAACUUUGGGAGCUGACGGAGGAUUGCGAGCUGAUUGUUAACAAAUUCAGCCGCCAUGAGCACGACGACAUCGUCAGUAGCAUCAGUCCCAUGGCCGGCGGCAGGUUGGCUGUCAGCGGCAGCUUUGAUUGCUGUAUCAAGGUGUGGGACUUGAGCCAGGAGACAGUGGUUAACUCUUACAAUGCUCACUCAGAUUCAGUCACAUGUGUGUCCUGCUGCCCAACUGAGGAAGCACUUUUCCUGUCAGCUGGACAGGAUGGUCGGAUCCUGCUUUGGGAUAAGAGGAAACCACAGCCAGCCACCCGUAUAGAUGUUGUCUCCCCCAGCUGCUCUCCUACAUCACUGGCAUGGCAUCCACAACAUGUCAACAUGUUUGCCUACGGUGAUGUUCUGGGACGAGUGACUCUAAGGGAGAUCCAAGGAGAGCGAAUACAAAUAUUCAGCACCCAUAGCCGCCAUGUCUCCGGCAUAGCUUUCUCUUCACACAGUGCCCCCCUUCUAGCCUCUGUCAGUGACGAUUGCUCCGUGGUGGUGCUGGACACUCAGCUCUCAGAGAUUUACCGGGACCGACGGCACCAAGACUUUGUGAGUGGCCUUUGCUGGACCCCCAGUGGCACCACCACCUUGACCACAGUAGGAUGGGACCAUCAGGUCCUCCACCACACAGUGGACCCAGCCUUUCCUGCUCCUGCUGCCUGCAGCUCAUCAUCCUAGGACUGCCCAUGUUGGGGAAGGGACGAAAGUCCAGAUCAUGUGGCUCUUCAGGCCCAGGAUCAAACACUUCAGUAUGUGGGAGCAGUCAUGGAAUUUAUACAUUUCAUUUUCCUAUGGAUGAUGACCAUUUUCCCUAACUGUAAAUAAAGUUUGUAUCCCUGAACCUGUUUUAGUCAUUUAAUGUACCUAAAUCACCAUUUUGUCUGAGCAGACC